AAGGGUGCAAACUCAAUGUGAAGGUGCAGGGUCACACAUAUACAGAUGAUCCUAUGUGAACUAAUUUACACCCGAUGAGGCUCUGGGGUUGUCAGAUGCUGAAAGUUAAUCUGCCAUUUUUAUCUGCUGUGAAAUGGAAGUUCUGCUGAUGGCAUUCAUCCUCCAUGCUUUGCGCUUGCAUCAAGGAGUUCAGGGUGCAGUGAUUUCUUUGAAAGAAAAUGGGACCAACACUAACAGAAGUGACGAGCUUGUAGAGAAACAGAGCACUGAAGGUGGAACGUAUCCAUCCAGGCUCUCGGAGGACUGCUCUGGAACUCUGUUGGCGCUUCAUCAGGGCAGGUGGGUGACUGUAAACCUGACACAGCAGAGCAAUGAGACAAAGAAAGACAUGGCCCAACUCUGUGAAGACCUUAGCUGGGGAGGAGUCUUUGUUGAAAAUGGUACAGCACUCAUGAAUCGCUGCCUGUCUGACUGCACCAUCACAGACUCCAUGCCGUACAACUGCACAGAAGCUACACCAGGCAACUGUUCUGACAUGACAAUGGUAGUCUGUGCAUGGCAGGCUGUGCAGUUGAUUGGAGGCAAAGACAGAUGUGCAGGUCGGGUGGAGCUGUUUGGCACUGGAGGCUGGGGCUCAGUGUGUGAUGAUGGAUGGGACUUAAAAGGAGGACAUGUAGUGUGUGCCCAACUGAAAUGUGGCACUGCUGUACGGGUAAUGGGAGAGGGUGGUGAUUUCAACCCAGGAUCUGGUCCUAUUCACAUUAGUCACAUAAACUGCAGUGGGACAGAGAGAAACCUCUGGCAGUGCCACACUGAGCUAGACAGAGGGAGGAACUACUGCGGCCACAAGGAGGAUGCUGCAGUGGUGUGCUCAGGAAGUUCCAGCAUACCAGUUACCACAACGAAUACCUUAAUGCCAAAUCUCACAAACUGGACAACAGAGAUUGUAACAGAGGCAGCUGAGGACAACACUGGUGGAAUUUCAGCACCAGUCCUGGGUUGCAUUGUUCUCUCUGUCACUCUCUUCUUACUGCUGUUUUCAAAUGCUGCUCAAUGUGCAUACUACAAAAUACGAAAUGAAGGAACUAAAGUCAGGAGAGUAUCACAAGCUUCACAGCGAGACAAUUCUGACACUUCAAGCGACUCGGAUUAUGAACGUUACUACAACCCUGACCCCCCUCCACCUAAUACUGUGACUAACUGUGAACACUUCUUAGAUAAUACUCUUAGGGGUGGCGAUUGCAAUCAAGAGCAAGGAAGAUUCUGUGAAGAAAGAAAUGCUGUACAAACUCAUGCCCUUGAUUCAGAGAGCACAUCCUCAGGGGAGUGUUAUGAAAAAACUGAAACAGAGAACCUUUGGAAUCCAGCUGUUAACCAGUUUUAUCCUGAGUACUGCAAACAGAUGACGCCUUUGCACAAUACCAGUGAACCAGCUAAAAGAAACUCAACGAACUCGUUUGAUUCAGACAGCAGCACAUCCUCUGGGGAAUAUUACGAAAAUACAGGACUGAAUGCUGAACCUUGUCUCCAGACAUUGGAGGGAAACCCAUCACUUCCUGAACAGCCCCUCCUGAGUGACACCAAACCUCAGAUGGCAGGAAACAGCAGUGUUUCCCAGCCAUACUCUCCUGAUCAAGCUGUUAACCAGUUUUAUCCUGAGUACUGCAUACAGAGGACACCUUUGCACAAUACCAGUGAACCAGCUGAAUGCAACUCAAGAGACUCAUUUGAUUCAGACAGCAUGUCCUCUGGGGAAUGCUAUGAAAACACUGGAGUGAAUGCUGAACCUCGUCUCCAGACAUUGGAGGGAAACCCAUCACUUCCUGAACAGCCUCCCCUGAGUGACACCAAACCUCAGACGGCAGGAAACAGCAGUGUUUCCCAGCCAUACUCUCCUGAUCAAGAUGACAGCAGCACAUCAUCUGAGGAAGCUUAUGAAAAUGUUGCAGAAACAAAGAAUUACUUUGCUAGAAGUGAACCAGUCCACUCCUCUUCAGACAGUGACUAUGAUGAUGUCAGUAACUGGUGAACGCCGUCACUGACAAGCUUAGAUCAAAACAGCUCUCCAAGAAAUGUUUGCUACCAUAUUUAUUUCACAUUUCAAUGCAAUAUUUUAAAAUAAAGUCUUUCAGGUUUUCUAUG